UUAUAUUAAAAGAAUUGUGUCCCAUUUCUCAGGGGAGGAGGGGAGAGAUGGGUGUAAAGGUGAAUUGAUAAACAUACUGGGCCCAUAGCAUAUGUUGCAUUCUGUGAUCUCGUCUCAUUGGGAUAUUUGUUUGUUCCAUUUCUUUUCAAUUUGAGUUGAGAAGGAAAAGAUACCUAGAUUCAUCAAACUGUUGCUUGGAGAUGUAUUUCUUCAUGUUGUCUUUCUUGGUUACCACUUGCUUGGCCCAAGGAUUAUCCUCCAAGUCCUCCCCAGGUACCCCUUCUAAUAAGAUGAUGAUGUCAUUAGAUACCAUUGUUGCACAAGUCACUACCACUGUGCCCUUAUCAUCUAGUACCACCAUUUCAUAUGAAAAUUCCACACUGUCCCCAUCAUCUAGUAGCACUUCAGAGAAAACAUCCACAGUGCCCUUAUCUAGUUCCUCCAGUUCAGAGACAACUUCCAUGGUGCCUUCAACAUCUAGUUCCUCCAGUUCAGAGACAACUUCCAUGGUGCCUUCAACAUCUAGUUCCUCCAGUUCAGAGACAACUUCCAUGGUGCCUUCAACAUCUAGUUCCUCCAGUUCAGAGACAACUUCCAUGGUGCCUUCAACAUCUAGUUCCUCCAGCUCAGAGACAACUUCCAUGGUGGCUCCAACAUCUAGUUCCUCCAGUUCAGAGACAGCUUCCACAGUGCCUUUAUCUAGUUUGAGCCGUUCACAUACCUCAGUGACCCAACCAUCUAGUACUACUGGUACCAGUACUUCAGCCAGUACCACAAGAACUGAACAAUUUACUACCAGUGCCUCAGCAACUACGAUCAGUACUGCAAGCCCUUCCAUCCAGACUAGCUCAUCAGAUGCACCUAUAAAUACAACACCAGGCAUAUCAAAAGUGACAAGUACCAAAAUGCCUUCCCCUGAGUACACCAUCAAGAUCAGUGAAACCAAUCUAUUAAUUGAUUCUGGUGAUAUCUUUUUAGAGCUUGAAGGUCCCAAAAAUACAACGAUUAAGAACAUUUCAUUGGUCAUUCAGAAUGCAACAGUGAGUUAUUCAGAAAGGAAUGCAAAAUUGAGACCCCUGGAAGGUAUCUUUAACGAUGAUGGCUUUUUUGUCACCAAUUUGUCUUCCAUUCACAAACAAAUCACGGACUGGACCUCUGUGCUGAUAGUGCUCUUGAACUCCACAAGUAAAUCUGAAUUGGAUUCUCUGGUCUACUCAACAGACAGCAAAAUUCCAAUAGAUAGCAGAGUGAAUGAAAGCUACUUUCAAGAUAGUUUGAUAACAUUUAAUCCAAAGAAUCUUCCGCAAAUUAAUGUGUCCUUCUCGAGAUGCUCAUCAACAGGUUCCUCCAAAGCUUUUGUUGUCACCAUGCCAACCAGAAAUAAGAAGAACACAUGUCAGCUGAAUUUUACCCAAAAACUUGAGUUGAAAAUGACGUCUCCCACAGCUUGUGUCAAAGACACCCUGCCCCAAGAUUUUAAAGACAUUCUGACUAAAAAUCUUAUCCUUGCAGUGAACAAAAAGAAAUCCUGUGGUUUUUCAUGGAACAUGAUCAAUGUUCUUCAAGAAAAGCCAGAGUGUCAUAGUGACAAAAGUUUGGAAGUGACAGUCAGUUUCAGCAUCUCUUCAGCAUUCCAAAACCAACUUGCUCAGAUAGUGGACGGCUACAAAAGUUUUCUGACUGAUAAAACUCUCACUAUGAAUGACAGAGUUUGGUCUCUAGACAAGUGCUUUGAGAACUGCUUCCCUUCCAUCAAGCCACCUACAAACAAUGAUGAUGACAAGAUUAGGUUGACGGUGGCUGUGGUGGUAUCAUGUAUUGGUGUCUUUUUGAUUGUCCUCAUUGCUGUGGUUGUUUACAUGAAAAAUAAAAGACACAGAAUUCUUCAGUUCCGCAUGACCAGACUGGAUGAUGACGAGGAUGAUUUGAUAGGAGAUAUGGAUGACUUUGUUGGCAAUCAAGGACCAACUUUUCGUACUUUCAGAUGAUCACUCACUGUUGUUGACACCUUGCCAGAAUUGAACAAAAGAAAAUGGCUGCUAUUGUUGAACCCUUGUUAUUCUCAACUUAACUUAAAACAUUCAAAAGUACGGGCCCCACAUCCUGUGUCAGUCUUUCAUCACAGACAAAAUCUGGUUGUGAUGUGUUCUGCACUCCUGUUUUUAUUUUGAAAAUGUCUUUUUUUUUUUUUUUUUUUUUUUUUUUUUUUUUUUAUUUAUUUAUUUAAAUAUAAUAUUGUUUUAAAAUCACUUGUUAGGAAUUCAUAACUUUCUAUUAUACAGAUAAGACAUUAUAGUCUUUGACAUUAUUUGUAUAGACUAUGACAUUGGUAUACAGAUCAGACAUUAUGACAUUAGAAAGUGGUAUACAGAUCAGACAUCAGAUCAAAUAUUGCUAUACAGAUCAGACAUUAUGACAUCAAACAUUAUGACAUUUGUAUACUGAUCAGACUUUAUGACAUAAGACAUCUGUAUAUGGAUCAGACAUUAUGUCAUCGGACAUUAUGACAUUAGAAUACAGAUCAGACAUUAUGUCAUCAGUCAUUAUAACUUUAGACAUUGGUAUACAGAUCAGACAUGACUAACUUCAUUUAUUGUAAACAAUUAGAAAGUAUUGAAUCUUUUUGAAUUCUUGUAUGUUUAGUUUUAUGCACUUGAUGUCACUAUUUUAUGUUUCUUUCUAGAUAUUUAUGUUGUUUAUUGAACUGUUACUCCACUCAACAGGUAGUGUUCCCUCAAAAGGUAUGGCUUGAUCUGGUUUGUUUGAAUUCCUUGGAUGUAAUGCUUGGUUACCUACUGUUUGCUUUAGAGGGGAAGCAAUACUGAGUAGUAAAGAGACAGGGGAUUAGUUUUGUUGUAGUCAUAGCUUUUAGAGUGGAGUAGGCCUUGAUAGUUAUGCUGUAAAAGUAAAUCCAUGGCUAUCCCAGAAUGUUUCAAAUACCCAAUAGCUCCUACAUUAGUACAGUGGGUCUUUUACGUUUAAGUCAUACAGCAGGAUAAAGUGCUAGAAACCUUUUUUUUUUUAAACUUUCCUCUAGGGAGAGCUCAUCGUGUCUCGUUUACAACAAAAACUAGACCAUAGUGACUAUUUUUGAGUGAAAACUGGACGUGUAUUGCUUUUUUAUUAUUACUUUUUAAGAAUUUUUCGAACAAACAGGCCCAUAGCCCCAGUGUAUAAGCCCUCAAAGAUAUAUACCAAAGGUAUUAAAAGUAUAUAUUUUUUUAAACUAAGACAUAUCGUUCUGUUUUUUAAAGUUGUUUAUUUAUUUAUUAGUACUAGAUCUUAAAUUUUUAUACUUUUUUUUUAAAUGUUUAAAUAAAGAAUUUUUGAAAUUCAGAGUUAUCCCUCUUUGGUUAGGGUAUGGGAAUGAUUAUUCAAACUGGAAACAUGAUCUAGUGGGUGAAAAUCAAAUGUUCAAUACCAAAUGCUCUACAAAUGUAACCACACACGUUUUUUUUCUAUUACUGAGUUUCUCUCUUGCAUAUAACUGAUUGAGUGCAACAAAGUUAUUGAUUACAAGACUAGAACUUGUUUAACUAACUUGAUUUGAAACCUUUAUUCUACAUAUUUCUAUAGGUUAUGUUAUUAUAGAAAGUACAGCAACUCAUUUUCAUUUUGUCAGCAUUUAAUUUUAGAAAUGGCAUACAUUUGAGACCCUAAGGAUAGCUACCACCAAAGACAAGUUGGCAAACAAGGAAAGAUCAAAUUAACUUGAUAACUAUCUUGCAUGGGUUAGUUAGAGUCUGAAUUACCUUGUGAAUAUUGCACCCAUUGUGACUGACAUGGAGACUAUGUCUUAUUACUAUUUGUUAUUUGUUGUAAUAAGGUCUGAUCAAAUAUUUAACUAUAUCAAAUUAUUCCAAUUUUAAGUAUGACGACAGAGAAUGAAAUUGAUAAUUGGAUUAGCUUAAGGCUGACAUUCAUGUUCAGAAUCAACAUCAGAAAUGUAAAGAACAUCAUGACAAUGGUCAGGUGUGCAGCUUUUUUACUGUCACAUUAACAUUGGUGCUUUUAAAAUGAAUCAAUGUAUUGUGGUACUGUACUGUAAAUGUUCUUUGUUAUGUUGCUAGCUGUUAUAUCUUUCUUGUAUCAUAUAUAUUCUAAAUGAAGACACUUUAUUUGUGGUUUAGCACAACUGAUUGGAGUCGAGUGGAACUACCAAAGUCUUGUUUCUGUUUGCACUGGUACAUAGUCUGUUUUCUAGUCUCUAGUUCAAUGUCUCUAAAUGUCUGAAACUUCAAACAGGAUUUGUUUUAGUUCAUAGUUUGGUCUUACUUAGAUUGAAGUCAGGAGUUUUGAAUUUGAUUCAUGUCACAGAUUUUUGUAUAUAUUAUUAUUAUUUACAAUUAAUUGAGAAAAAAAAAAGGUGGCUGUAAAAAAAAAUGAUCUUUCCAAGAGGAAAGUUGUUUUCAGACCUAAUGUUAUUCUAUUUUAAAGGUAGUGCAGUUAUAUCAAGAAAGAUUUUUUAUUAGUUUGGCUAAUUGCUUUUUUGUCAUGUUUUUUUUUUUAAAUACUAUAUUUAUACAAUUAAAAUUACUUAUAUUUUGUAUACAAUUUUAUUACAAUGUUGUUUCUAAUGUUUUCCUUCCAAGAAUGUGAUCAUUUAUAAAUCAACAACUUUCACUUGCUGUACUGAGGGCAGUGUGAAAGUAAAUGUUAUAGCAAAGUAUCAAGUCUUCACACCACAAACUCUUAGCAUUGGGUUAACAUUAGAAUGUGUUUGGAACUAAGAUUCUACUGUUUAUGAAAAACAUUUGAAUGCAUGGGAACUGAGAUGCUACUUAAUUGCCCUUUUUUUUUUCCCUGUGCCUAAAAUGAUUAUAUUUUCAUAUUUUAUAGUUGUUUUUUUUAUAAUUUUGUAACUUUUUCAGAAUUAUUAUUGUACAAAUACAAAUAUUUACUUUUGUUUAUCAAAGUGCCUAUAUUUUGAGACUAUUGAAAUGUUGGUCUACAAUAGUUUCUAAAACUUUUUGUACCAUGUUGGUCUGUAGAAUAAUUAACUACCAUUUCAAACAUGCUAUGUAUUUAAUUUAACGUUUAGACAUGUCCUAUAGAACUAAUUUCCUAUUUUAGGCUCAUCUAGAUUAAAAUGCAUUUGUGAUGUUUAGUCCUAGGUCUUUCCCAUAGUUUCCCAUGGGAUUGAAGCAGAACAAAAUGUGAAAGUAUAUUUGUUAAUACUGAUGCCUUAGAUACAAUAUUGAAUGCCUUUCAUUAAGCUAUUACCAGAACAUGUAUACAAUACAAACUUUUUUUCACCUGGUUCUCA